AUGUUUCUCAGAGUCAUCGGAUGUCGCCUUUACUCGUUGUUCAGCUACACUCUACGACAAUGUACUUCAAACAAAGCAAUACCGAGCCUUAGACUGAAUGGUGGUACGGGAGCGGAAGGGAAAUCAGACAAAGUAUACGAUAAACGGGGCGGUACAGUACCGAAUGGUCAAGUACUAGCGGACUGGCAGACCUAUCUUUCUUACGUCACAGUGAUCAACGAAGUACCAUAUACAGUAACAACAAUUGCCAACCUCCCUCUUACUUACUAUGGACCUUCGAUACCCCUUGGUGAUGGUUGGACUUACGGUGGUCUUACUUCCCCGACCGGAACCGAUCUUCUUGCUCCUCCUAUAACAACACCUUCCUCUUUGUAUGAGACAACUCCGACGUCUGCAAGCCGUGAACCUGCAGAGACGUCACUUGAUUCAUCAUUAUCUGUGAUCUCAAGAAUACACACCAUCAGCACCGAGUCAAGUGCUGUACCUGUUUCAUCCACUUCAUCUUCUCCUAUGCCACCGACAUCUUCUCCAACAACAACUUCAGUGAUGGCGUCGUCGACCCAUACUUCGUCCUCUUCAUUUUCAACAAUGACUUCUAGCCCUGACACAAUCCUUGGAACUCCUUCUACUAUACCAUCCCCACCUCUACCAACCACAUCAUCACCGAUAGAACACAACAGUAAUCUUCUUGCAGCUUUACUAGGCGCUCUUCUUCCGCUUGCUCUGACCAUUCUUAUCCUUCUCGUGCUAUUCUGCGUAUAUCAAAAGAACCGACAUUCUAGAGAUUCUCGAUUCUUUGGUUUAUUCUCAAAAUCCAAAUGGGCUCCUAUUCCCCCUAUCGCAGUCGAGGCCCAAGGAAAAACAAAAGAAUCAGGAAAUGAACCUGAAAGAGUCAAAUCACCAGAUGAGAAAUCAUCUCUUUUACCAGGAUGGACAGCUCAGCAUCAUCGUACAUCAAGUUCUGAAGAUAGGACCAAUGAGGUUGCAAUUGAAGUUGAUAACGAUUUACGUGAUCUAGCUAGAACCAAUAACACCCUUUUACAAAGGUUGAAUUUAGGUAUACUAGGAAGAUUAACUCCUUCUUCUAAAUCCUCAUCAGGUAGUUCAGGCAGUGGAAUUAGUAGUGAUAGUAGGAAAGCAAGUGGAAAUACGUUGGAAAAAGGUCAAGGUAAAAGGUUCUUCUCACCCACCACAGCUGCCACUGCUACUGCAGCAGCCAGUCUCUUUGGACUAUCGAAAAAGAACAAAAGAAUGACAAGUACAACUUUAUCAACUAGUGAUGGAUAUGAAAGAGUUUUAGAAGAUGAUCAACUAUUCUAUGUCACUCCAAAGAAUGACAGCUCAACCAGAACGGCAAGUGCAACUGGCUCCCCUACAAAUCCGACAGAUCAUUCGACGCACACACAAGAUCAGAGAAAGCUGUUAUCCGCUGCAGAGAUUGGCUCAACAUCUUUUAGUAUCGGUAUACCGUAUACUCCAGGUACUGAUACUCAGGACCUGAGCAUGGAUCUUGGUGGAGGAGAGAUGGGGGAAACUACAGCUAGAUGGUCUGAAGAUGCUGAAAGGAUUAGAUUCCCUAUUCCUCCUGGUUUGGGAUUAUAUGAUGAAGGAACGUUUGGAAGACCCGCUAGAAUAGGAGGAGAGGAAAGCUGGAGGAAUAGCUUUUUGAGCGACGAUACAGAAUACUACUCCGCCGCUUCCCAUCCGUCAUCUCCACAUAUCCGGUCAGCUGGUAUUCCGAUUCCUAGAGAUGCAGAUGAAUAUCGACAUGUAUCAGUAUCUGCCUUUGGUUCUCACCCAUCGACGCCAACCCGAGCUCGAUUGUCUCGCUUCGAUUCUGACGUUUCUCUCUCAACUCAAGCACAUACGAAUUCAAGCCCUAUCAGACGAAGCUCACCGACCAAGCCAUCUGGUAUACCGGAAAGACCAAUUUCAGCUGUUGGUGAUACAAUCCGUUCGAUCAGAAACCUGUUCUCCCUGACUCCUACUGCAUCUUCUGGUGGAGAAGGGAGUGGUGAAAGAGAUAGAAGACGGAGCUAUAUUGGACAGCCAAUAGUGGAUGAAAGUAUGAAAGCUAUUAAUAGAGGUAUUGGGGAAUUUGGGCAGCCGUUAAGACAAGGUGUCGUAAUCGCUCCUACGAUCCUGUCAACCCGACCUUCCCAUGACUCCCAAGCAGCCUCCAUUCAUCUAUCGAUUCCAUCUCAAUAUCACUCCCAAUCGUCUCACUCGUCUGGCUCUUCAGCAGAAGCCACUCGAGCUUUCCACCAACCUGCGCUUAGAGGUAAGAGAUCCAAAGGAUUGCUGUUACGCGCCUCCACUUUAGAAGAGCUACAGAGACCACAGCUUACCCCCAUUCAAAGAGAAGACGAGAGGGAGGAAAUAUUACCACCUCUCACUCCCGAUAGGAAUGGAUCGAGAGAUAAAGGUCUGAGAAGUAGUUGGUUAGGUAAAUGGUCUGGAUCAGGGUCAGAAUUGAAGUGA